GGGGGCGGGGUCUGCGCCGGGACCGGGGACAGGCGGCAACAUGCGGUUCCGCUUCUGCGGGGACCUGGACUGCCCCGACUGGGUCCUGGCCGAGAUCAGCACCCUGGCCAAAAUCUCCUCGGUGAAGCUGAAGCUGAUCUGUGCCCAGGUGCUGCGGGACCUGCUGGGAGAGGCCAUCGAGUAUGAGAAGAUCCUGAAGCUGACCUCAGAUGCCAAGCUGGAGUCAGGGGACGUCAAGGCGACCAUCGCCAUCCUUGGCUUCAUCCUCUCCAGCGCCGCCAAGCACAACGUGGACAGCGAGUCCCUGUCGAGUGAGCUGCAGCAGCUGGGGCUGCCCAAAGAGCACGCCAGCGGGUUGUGCCGGUCCUAUGAGGAGAAGCAGAGCUCCCUCCAGGACAGUCUCCGGGCCUGCAGCCUGAGACUUAGCCAGCUGGGCUCCGUGCGCUGGCGGGUGGAUUACACACUCAGCUCCAGUGAGCUGCAGGAGGUCAACGAGCCCCUCGUGCACCUGACUUUCAACGUGAGGGAUGGGGAGCGCGGGAGGACAGCAGCCAUCCCCAUGGCACUCUCGGCUGACAAGUUCCGGGUGCUGCUGGCAGAGCUGAAGCAGGCCCAGGCCCUCAUGAACACCCUUCUCUGAGGAGCUGCGAGAAUGGCUGAUGGCGGGAGGUGCCGGCGCAGGACCGCAGGACAGGACCCGGCGCUGCCCAGCUGGGGCGGGUGACGCAGGGGGCGGCUUUGCCAGCGAGGAGGCUGCCGGGGACUGUUCCCCGGGGCAAGUUCCAAUAAAGGCAGCGGUGCCCCGCC